GUUAGAGGCAGGGACCUCUUUCUGGAAGGGUCGCUUGUAGCUGGCCAUGGUUCUGAAAUGGUUAACUCGGUUAGCUUAGCAUAUUUCCGUGUUUAACCGUCAUACGACACACAUUUUGAAGUCUUUUCGAAGAUUCUGGAGGUAUUUUCUACAAUUUUGAGCAUGCUAAUUCUCACAUUUCUCACAUUUGAGGGUGCUGAAGCUGUUUCUCAGCCUGCUAUGCUAUCACGUCAGGUUGUUAAACAGUGUCACUUUAUCUUGUCUUGACUCUGUAGGUGUUUCUGCUGAACGAGGUUUUCUGGCAUUUUAAGCGCGGUGAGGGUGUUUUUGCUGGAUUUGAGGAGGUUGAUGGUCUCACAGCCUGAUCGUGUUAACGUUAGCAUGGAAAAAUGAUCACAGGCAUCUUAAUUUAUUACAUUUACUGUCUUUUCUGUUGAUGGUGAGUGUUUCUGAGAUUUGUAGUUACAGGUUUAAUGUGCGUUUCUGAGAUUUUGAGCUUGCAGAGGGUCUUUAUUCUGAAGGUCUCACAGCCAGAUGUGCUAGCUAUCAUAUUAGCAUGCUAAUCUAUAUCUAAAGAUCUAUCACCGCUUAGACUUUUGUUGUUUAUUUUCUGGGGAUGCUGGGGGUGUUUUUCUGAGGUUUGAGGAUGGGGAAAGAUUUGAUGAAGCUCUAAUAUUAGCAUGUUAACCUAUAUUGGUAGGUAGAUACCAUAGCUAAGGUAGGCUAUGUAUGUAUGUCACUGUGUAUAUAUGAGUGUAUUUGUUGUUGUAUUUUGCGGUGUUUGAUGGUGCUGAGCGUGAUCUCUGAGAUUUUAGGAUGCUAAGACAUGUUGAACAUCCCUAUGGUAAUAUAUGGUCAUCUUAGCCUGUAAAGGAUAGGCUGUCCCAGCUGCAGUAGACUUCAGUUUCCACCUUUUUCAGUGUUCAGUGUAGCUUUCAGGGUGUUUUUUUCCACACGAAGGGGAGCAGGAGUGUGUCAGAGAUUAUAAUCGUGCUGGCUAAUCCCUUGAAGCUUUAGCUGUGAAGAGAAAAAUGGUCUAACGUUAAAAACGGGAGCUAGCUGCUCUGCUGGUGUGCUGCUUUUAGCCUUUGGCAGGAGAGACAUGAUGGAGGGAGAAGCAGGAGUUGAUACCAGGUUAAAGUUCACUCUAGAACCAUCACUUGGCAAGAAUGGGUUUCAGCAGUGGUAUGAUGCUCUCAAGGCCGUGGCUCGGCUCCCAACGGGCAUCCCCAAAGAAUGGAGGAAGAGGGUGUGGUUAACCCUAGCUGAUCAGUACCUUCACAGCAUCUCAAUAGACUGGGAGAAGACCAUGAGAUUUGCUUUCAAUGAGCGCAGCAAUCCAGAUGAUGACUCACUUGGGAUCCAAAUUGUCAAGGACCUGCACAGAACAGGCUGCAGUUCAUACUGUGGUCAGGAGGCAGAGCAGGACCGGGUGGUGCUGAAGCGGGUGCUGCUGGCCUACGCCCGCUGGAACAAGACUGUGGGCUACUGCCAAGGCUUCAAUGUGCUAGCUGCUCUUAUUCUGGAGGUCACUGAAGGCAAUGAGGGUGAUGCAUUAAAGGUGAUGAUUUAUCUGAUUGAUAAGGUACUUCCUGACAGCUACUUUGCCAAUAAUCUGCGGGCUCUGUCUGUGGACAUGGCCGUGUUCAGGGAUCUGUUGAGACUUAAGCUUCCGGAGCUUUCUCAACACCUUCACCACUUGCAGAAAGUAGCCAAUCGAACAGGAGGAGGCAGCUACGAACCUCCACUCACCAACGUCUUCACCAUGCAGUGGUUCCUCACCAUGUUCGCCACCUGCCUGCCACACCACACUGUGCUGAAGAUCUGGGACUCUGUCUUUUUUGAGGGUUCAGAGGUGCUGCUGCGAGUGGCCUUAGCUAUUUGGGCCAAACUGGGAGAGAGGAUUGAGGAGUGCCAGACAGCAGAUGAGUUUUAUAGCACUAUGGGCAUUCUGACUCAGGAGAUGCUGGAGCACAACCUGGUCGACUCCAAUGAACUCAUGCAGACGGUCUACUCCAUGGCUGACUUCCCUUUCCCCCAGCUGGCAGAGCUGAGGGAGAAGUACACUUAUAACAUCACUCCAUUCCCUGCUCCAGUCAAGGCCAACGGCAGUCAGGGGCUCCAUGGGUGGGAGAGUGAUGAUGAUGGUGAUAUGGAUGAUGAAGAUUCUAUCGUCACUGCUCUGGGCUGCCUGGGACCACUGGGUGGGCUCCUAGCUCCUGAGAUCCAGAGAUACCAAAAACACUUAAAAGAACAGAGAGGUGAGCAGAGCUCUCCCUCCAGUAACAUGGCAGAGCUAAGCCCAGGGGCAGUGGGGGCCGGCCGGGCCGAGCAUCAGGCCACCAUGAACAGCAUGAUGCUGGAGCGCAUGAGCACGGACAUCAGAGCACUGACCAAGCAGUACUUGCGCGUCAAGAGGCGGCAGCAGCAGCAGGCUGGGCUGCUUUACAUCCACACAGACAAAUGUCCAGCCACCAGUGUGCUGGCUUCCCAGGUUCACACUUCACCUGUUGUCAACCAUCUCUUCUUGGGGAGGAAGCCUAGAGCUGCCCAGCAUCCCUCCAGGAACGGUGAUGUUCAUGCUGGCCCACCGCCCCAAGCUCAGUCCACCCCAAACCAGGACCAUGGAGCUCGGGCCAGGCUUCAGUCCCCCUGGCGUACUCAUGUCCGCACCCAUCGAAGGAAUCUAGCCAGGGCACGGGCCCAGCUGGGCUUUGACGACUCUUUGACAUUGGAGGACAAUGAGAGCACUGAGGACCAACCAGAGGUGGCAGGAGGAGAGGAGGAGAAACAGCAAGAUGAGGAGGUGGAGAAGGUAGAUGGCGAAGGAGAGGAGCCUGUGAAGGAGGUUGUGGCAGAUGGAGGUUCGGAGCUCCAGGAUAGUGAAAAAGUAGAAGAAAUUGAGGAGAUGGAACAGCAGCUAUCUGCUCUAGAGCUAGAACCAUCCUCACAAGCUUCUUCUCCAGCUGUUAGUGAUGAAGGACCAGCUUCAGGUGCCCAACAGCCAGAACUGGCAGAGCAUCCAGAGUCGGAGGAUCAUCCAGACUCAGACCUGCAGCCAGAGUCAAACCUGCAGGUACAGCAGUUUUGCUCCACUCGGCGCACGGCCUCUGAUUCCUCCAGCUCAGAGAGUGGUGGCAGUUCUCUCAGGCGAAGCCCUUCAAAGUCACAGCAGAUCUUCUCCCCUUUUCCUUGUGUCAAAGCACCCCGCAAGUCUGCUGCCGCUAGAAACUUAGGCCUUUAUGGCCCCACACCAAGGACUCCCACUGUGCACUUCCCACACAUGAGCAAAACCAUGAACCGGCUGGGAGCUAGUGCCACUGCAUCCACCAGGUGGCGAUGAUGAGCAGCUUUUCAGUUACUGUUGUGAUCUUUCAACGGUUCGCACUUCUUACCUCAGAGCACUGUCUCUGAGAUGCUCUGAAAUAUGCAGAAAAGUUCAGUCUGUCCUACCUGUCGCAGAAGUAUAGCACAAGGGUGUCUGAUCAUAUGCAUGCUUUGUCUACAAAUGCAUUCUUUUAUAGCUGCUGUUGCCUGCUUGGGCAAGCUUUGUAGAGCGCUGGAGAAAGUCUAAUAUUAAGAAUGUAUUGCACAUUGUUGCUGCAUUGAGUUCUGCUAGGUUGCUGGACUAUAUUGUUGUAGAUCAGGACUGCUCAGUCAUAUCCACAAAGGAGCAGGAGUGCAACUGGUUCUGCUUAUUUCAUCAAUUCAUCUCAAACCAUUGAGCAUGUGCGCUUAGGCUUUGUUGGAAUGAAAACCUCUAGCCACACCGGCCCAUUAUGGAUAUGAUUGGACACUCCUGUUCUAGAUAAUCAAAACUAGGCAGGUUUGAAAGGCAAUGCUGAAUUUGUCUCCUUGCUAAUGAUAGUUUGAUUGCAUGACAAAGAACUACAACCUGUCAAAUUUGAAAUUAUUACACCCUUUAAUAUUGCUUUACAAAACUGCAAUGUGCACUAAAACUUUGUUGAAUUUGUUGAAGUUGAAUGGGAUUUUUGCCAACAUUAUAUAAAGCCAUCUUGCAACAAUUGCUAACAAUAUAGCAUGGAUAGGUCAAUUCCAGUCCUGGAGGGCGGUGUCCAGAACAAUUUGGCAAAUAUCUUGUUUGGACACCUGCUGACUUCAUAAUAAGUCAUCAACCUGUACCUGUAUAGCAGUAUAUAUCACUGAUGCUGUUGAGCUGCUGUGAUAUGUUGAUAAUUGAUGUCAGGUGAUACGGUUACACAGAUGAAGGAAUUUCUUGAAUGACAAACUUCCACUCUUGUCCUGUUUUUUUUUUUCAUCUGAAUUUUAUACUUCAGGAAAUGAGCCAAAAGAUUAUCUCUAGCAACAGCCAUAGUGGAAGCUUGUGAGGAGCAAUUAAAAAAACAUUGCUUCAUGCUGGGGCCUCUGGCGUUUAUGAACGUAUUUGAUUUGAAUAUGUAUGUGCCACAAAGCAGUUAAUUUGCUCGAGCUCUAAGAACUCCAAAUAUUCCACUUUUGACUACUUAAAGGACAGUAUCUCCUAGUUAUUGCUUAGUUAUUGCCUCACUCACUGAUAGAAGACUGAAGACACUAACCGGUGUUCCCCAAAGAGUAUUGCUGAUAAACAGUUCACUUUACAUUCUGUUUGUUUUCUCAUCUAAUUCUCUUCACCAAAGAUGCCCUUUCACAGUGUUGAUUUGCUUUUCGCUGCUGCCCUGUAUCAGUUAUCACUUCUGUUCUACUGUUACCUCUUCUGUCACCUGCAGCUGUGUUAUUUUUGUGUUUCUCGUUGUCAUUUGCUAUAUUUAAGUUUAUGAUCUUUAAACAGUCGAAGCUGUUCUUUAUUUCACAGGUUAUGCUUUAAGCCACCUGAACUGCAUUUGUUGGGCUCAAGGCAGAGGAUAUAUAAUAUUCAGAGUAAUAUAUAGACACUCUAGACAUGAAUGGAAAUUAAUAUCCCUUGGAAUAUUUACCGUUUUUUUUUUGAAGAAGUUACUUUUCUUUGCAGUAAAUAAAAAUCAUGCAAGAGGC